AUGUGUUGUUCUGUGAAAGCAACUGCAUCUCCAAUAUUCACCUUUGCAAACCAAGCUGGACCAGACAUGCUUGAAACAACUCUAGUUGCACUUCAGGAUAUAAUGCUGGAUAAAGUACUUGAUGAAGCUGGCAGAAAGAUUCUUUGCUCUGAAUUCUCCAAGAUAAUGCAACAGGGUUACACUUAUCUGCCAUCAGGGAUAUGUGUAUCAAGCAUGAAUAGGCUAGUUUCUUAUGAGCAAGACAGUGCAUGGAAAGUUCUUAAUGAUAAUGAUGCCAAUCACUGUCUAGCAUUCAUGUUCAUCAACCGGUCCUUUGUCUGA